AUGAGCGAAAACCAAUCUAACUUUGUUAAUCGUGCUUGCGUCUUCAUAAAUUCCGGAAAUGGUCCCAUGAUUCAAAAUCAGGUGAUCGACAAUUCGCAACUUAUCAAACUUCCAUUUCCACCAAAAAUUAAUUCACAUGAUUUAGUUAUUUUUCAUCCCGAUGGUCGUGUUCCAAAAACUCCUAACGCUUUUAUGAUUUAUCGAAAAUUAUUUGUCGAAACUGCUCGUGCAAGUGGUUAUAACUUGCCAAUGAAUAUCAUCUCCCUAAUGGUAUCUCGAUCAUGGGAACAAGAACCUGAAAAAAUAAAAAAUGAAUAUAAAAGAAUCGCAAAAGAAGCUUUCAAUUAUCGUAAUGAAUUAUUUCCUAAAAUAAAACCUCAAAAGAAGAGGGAUCAAUGGAAAACUGUUUCAUUCGAUAAACCUUCAGUUCGUAAAGCUAAAAUUCCUAAACCUAUGAAAUCUGUCAAUAAAUCCACAAAACACAAACAACUCCAAGUUACUCCUAAUAACGCUUCCAAUUUUUAUGAUUUAAGUGAUAUUGAUAUGAAUUCACCAAUUUUUGACCUUGAUUUAUUUACUGAUUGGACAGAUUUCUUUAGCAAUCAAAAUAUCUAUUCGAGUCCCGACUUAUCAAUAACUUCUAGUAGCAAUAAUUCUCCUAGUCCAAAUAACUUUGAUUUUUCAAUCCAACAAGUCAACGAUGAUGUCAUAAAUAACCAUUUGCUCAUUGGUGAAAACCAGUCUUCCAUAUAUGAUGGUCAAUACGGACUCGGAAUUUUCGAUUUCUCUAACGUUAACAUUAACGUUAAUGAAAUUUCUGAUAUUCAGAACAAUUGCAUUUUUGAUGACCAAUUAUCUUUCUUACCUAAUUUACUAAAUACAACAACAAUAAAUCAAGAAAAUUUAAACGAUGCAUUAAUUGCUUAUGAGAUGGGGUUUAAUUACCCUAUCUAA